AUGAACAAUUUGUGGGAUCAAAUUCGACGGUCUCAGGAUGAAGAUGAUGAAGAGAUGAUGGCCAUCAACGCCAUUGUCAUGGCUGCAGUCGCAGAAGAAUCUGGAAACCAACACCGAGGGCGCGGUUCUCAUCCGGGUCGUGCACCAAAUGAGGAACGACUUAGAGAAGAAAGGGGCAAAGGUAUGUUGGCCGACUACUUUGUCGACCGGCCAGUGUUCAAAGAUUCGGUGUUCCGAACACGUUACAAGAUGAGUCUCAAUCUCUUCAAGCGUAUAUCUACUGACCUUUGCCAGUAUGAUCGUUACUUUGUUCAAAUGUCAAAUGCUACCGGCAAAGUCGGACUGCUUCCGGAGCAGAAGAUGACAGCUGCCUUGCGAAUGCUUGCUUACGGUGCAGGGGCAGAUCAAUGUGCUGAGUAUUGUCGGAUGGCAAAAUCCACCUCCGUCGCAGCCCUUCAGCACUUUACACGAGGAAUUGUUGAUCUUUACUCAGCAGAAUACCUCCGCGCUCCUACUGCUGCUGACCUCAGACGACUUCUUGCCAAAGCUGAGAAGAGAGGUUUUCCAGGAAUGAUUGGGAGCAUCGACUGUAUGCAUUGGCAAUGGAAGAAUUGUCCGACAGGUUGGGCUGGAGAAUAUAGUGGUAGGAAACAGAUCCCCAUUAUCAUCCUGGAAGCAGUCGCAUCUUAUGACACCUGGAUUUGGCACGCAUUCUUUGGAAUGCCCGGGGCAUGCAACGACCUGAACGUCUUGGCAAAGUCUUCGUUGUUUGAUGAGCCUACCGCCAGUAGAGCACCUCUGAUCCAAUCCAAGUUAACAACAGAGCUCACAGUUUAG